GAAAAGACGAAGAGUACUGAAGAUUGAAAAAAAUAUGUUUAAGGAACACGUUUGCUAAUCAAAAAAAGUUCGAAUUUUUAGAAUUCAGUGCCAACCAUAAACAGAAUUUUAUUUUUGCGGAAAUUUAGCAUUUUUGUUGGAUCUUGUAUACUCAGUGGUUGUUUUAUAAACCCUACCUCUGUGACGUCUACCAAAAGAGACGAUAAAAAUAAAGGGCUAAUAUUCAAGGGCUUUGUAAAUUUUUUUAUCAGUUUUAAGUCAUUCAGGCACGGUAUUUCUCUACAGCUUGCGUUUCUUUCUUUUUAGCAAAGGUGUAAACAAUGACUAAACUGGUAUUUAAAUCAAAACUCUCAAAAACAGAUCCCCAGUUAGUGCCUGUAUUAAUAAUAGGUCAAGUAAAACAUCUUACCCAGCUUCGUUUUAACGAUAUAAAGUCAAUAUUGCAACCCAGAGUUUCCGAAGAAGUCUUUAAGGCUGCCGUUUCCAGUCUGCAUCCUUCUCCUACAGAUACUCGUUCUCUUUACUUAAAUUAUGCCACCGUUGCAGCCUUACCAGUAAAAUGUAGCCGCCACAAUACACCUUCGAGGGCACAUUCGAUAACAAAAAUUGUUCAAAAUUCUUCCUACGGGGAUUCCAGUGAAUCUGUUGUGAUUGUCUGUGAGCAAAGCGAUGUCUUUGCCAGUGCAUGCGCUGUUGCUAGAGCUUUUCCCCUUUAUUCUAAGAAAACUACUGCAGGAUCAGAUAAUUCAGAGGAGCACACAGUAACUGUCGAAUUUGUAAUUGUGCCAACAAAUGGUUAUAGCCCUCCUGGCAAAACUGAAAUCAAUGAGGACCAACUUGCAUGCCUCGAACAUGCAUGUAAAGGGAUAAGACUGGCAGCGAGAAUAGUCGAUACCCCGUGUAAUGAAAUGAACGUUGAUCAUUUCUUGGAGGAAAUAAAGUUAGUUGGCAAGGACCUCGCUAUAGAACCGGUGAUCAUUCGUGAUGAGGAAUUGCAGACUAAAGGUUUCGGCGGGAUAUAUGGAGUCGGUAAAGCAGCUAAAGUCCCUCCGGCAUUGGCAGUACUUAGCUAUACCCCAGAAGGCGCGACAAAUACCAUUGCUUGGGUGGGAAAGGGUAUCGUGUAUGAUACCGGUGGACUUAGUAUCAAAGGAAAGACCGCUAUGCCAGGAAUGAAACGAGAUUGCGGAGGGGCGGCGGCCAUCUUGGGCGCUUUUUACGCUGCAGUAAAAUCGAAUUUUUCAGAAAAUCUUCACGCAGUUUUUUGCCUAGCGGAAAACGGCGUAGGCCCAAACGCAACCAGACCUGACGAUAUUCAUACAUUGUACUCGGGAAGUACCGUAGAAAUAAAUAAUACCGACGCCGAAGGUCGCCUCGUGUUGGCAGACGGUGUCGCCUAUGCUAACCAAGACCUUAAAGCUAAUAUUAUAUUGGACAUGGCCACUCUUACUGGGGCACAGGGUAUUGCUACUGGUAAAUAUCACGCAGCAGUACUGACCAACAAUGGACAGUGGGAAGACCUACUCAUGGAAGCGGGUCUAACUUCAGGCGACCUCGUAUUCCCGAUACCGUUUUGUCCGGAAUUGCAUUUCUGCGAAUUCAGUUCCGCGAUUGCCGACAUGAAAAACUCGGUUGCGGAUAGAUACAAUGCGCAGUCGAGCUGCGCAGGUCUAUUUAUUGCGUCCCAUUUGGGUUUCGACUACUCCGGUACAUGGAUCCACGUGGAUAUUGCUUAUCCCGUUCACAGUGGUGAGAGAGCAACUGGCUAUGGUGUGGCUCUGCUGGUUACUUUGUUUGGGGCUUAUUGUAAGCGACCAUUCCUACAAUCUAUCGCGCCGGAAAUCGCAUUUUCACCUGAAAACUCAACUAAACGACCAAGAACAAAGUAAACGCUUACAGAUGUUGCUUAUAAUUUGGAGUAUCUUAUUCUUUUUGUAUGGAUGGUACCUGAGUUGUAAUAGAAUAUGUAUUUCCAGCUUAUGCAACAAAUAAAUAUGUGCUAAAAUUCAAUUUUUAUUGCAAGUGAGGAAAAUUUGAAAAAAUUAAAAUGUGAAAUUCAAAAUCUUUGCUUUACUUUUGAACCUUAUCACUUACGAUAUCGUUAUAAUUGCCGGUGUUCGUUAAAAGAAGGCAAAUGCAUGUUACUUAAUUAUUACGCUAGGCACAUACAAUAAUUCUAACGCAAAAUGUUAAUAUAUAAAAAAAAUAUCACAUACCCCCU